UUCCUGCUCAGUGUGCGUCACCACGCUACAGAACGUAAAAAGAGAUGUGGGGGUGUGCUCUGUGCUAUUGUUCAGUGUAACCAAACCUGAAACCCUAAAAAAUGGAGCGGGGCUCGAAGCGCAGGCAGGUGAAGCCUCUGGCUGCCUCACUGUUGGACGCACUGGACUACGACAGCUCAGAUGACAGCGACUUUGAAGUGGGAGACGCAUCAGCUGGCUCGGAGGGCAGCCCCAAUGGCAGCGAGGAUGAGGGCUCCAAAGAGAGUGCCGGCGGCUCUGACAGCCAAUCGGACGCCGGCUCGGCCGACGAGGCCGUGGACGAGGAAGAGGAGGAGGAGGAGGAAGAGGCCAAAGAAGAAAGGAGCGGAGCGAGGGAGCAGAAGGAGCGAGAGAAGGAGGGCAAGAACAGAGAACAGAGCUCCUCAGAGGACACCAGCAAGGACACGCCGCCGCCCGCUGCCCCCAGGAGCCGUCGCCGCGGCGACAAGUCCACGGAACCCUCGGAGACGGGCGCCACCAACACCAACGGCAGCGGCAGUGGAAGCGCGGAGGAGGGGGGUUCGGGUUCGGCCAUCGCCGCGGAGACCAAGAAGUGGAACCUGCGGCGGAACCGGCCCAUGCUGGACUUCACCACCAUGGAGGAGCUGAACGAGAUGGACGACUACGACAGCGAGGAGGACAACGACUGGAGGCCCACCACCGGCAAGAGGAAGAGUCGCAGCGCUGGCCGAGAGAGAGGGGGAGGAGGAGGAGGAGGAGAGGAGGAGGAGGAGGAGGACGAUGAGGAGGGCGAGGAUGGUGGUGGCAGUGAUGAUGAUGACGACGACGAUGAUGAUAAAGAUGAAGAGGAUGAUGAUGAUGAUGAUGAUGAUGAUGACGGCGAUGACACGGGCAACAAGAGCAGCAGCGAGAGCGAGAAGGAGGAGAGGAGGAGGAGGAAGAGCAAGAACAGCUCAGCAUUCCACAGCAUGAGCACCACACACGGCAAGGGCGACGAGGAUGCCCAGUUGGAGCGUGCUCAGUCGUGGGCAUCCCAGAGGAUGGAGCACAUCCUGAUCUGCUGUGUGUGUCUGGGGGACAACAGCGAAGACACCGACGAGAUCAUCCAGUGUGACAACUGUGGCGUCACUGUCCACGAGGGCUGCUAUGGCGUGGAUGGUGAGAGUGAUUCCAUCAUGAGCUCUGCGUCGGAGAACUCCACGGAACCAUGGUUCUGUGACGCCUGUAAGAACGGGGUGACGCCCAGCUGUGAGCUCUGCCCCAAUCAGGACGGGAUCUUCAAGGAGACGGACGCUGGCAGAUGGGUGCAUGUGGUAUGUGCUCUCUAUGUCCCUGGUGUGGCGUUUGGGGACAUCGACAAACUGAGGCCAGUGACCCUUACAGAGAUGAACUACUCAAAGUAUGGAGCCAAGGAGUGUAGUUUCUGUGAGGACCCUCGAUUUACGCGGACUGGCGUGUGUAUCAGCUGUGACGCUGGAAUGUGUCGUUCCUACUUUCAUGUGACCUGCGCCCAGAGGGAGGGGCUUCUGUCUGAGGCCGCAGCUGAGGAGGACAUAGCGGACCCGUUCUUCGCCUACUGUAAGCAGCACGCUGACCGCUUCGACAGGAAGUGGAAGAGGAAGAACUUCCUGGCGCUGCAGUCCUACUGCAAGGUGUCGCUCCACGAGCGCGAGAAGCAGCUCACGCCCGAGGCCCAGGCCCGCAUCACCACGCGUCUGCAGCAGUACCGUGUGCGGGCCGAGCUGGCACGAAACACGCGUCCGCAGGCGUGGGUGCCGCGCGAGAAACUGCCGCGACCUUUGACCUCCAGCGCCUCGGCCAUCCGCAAGCUGCUGCGUAAGGCGGAGCUCAUGGGCAUCAGCACCGACAUCUUCCCUGUGGACACGGCCGACGCCAACGCCAGCGCCGAUGGACGCCGCAAGCACAAGCAGCCCGCGCUGACCGCCGAGUUCGUCAACUACUACCUGGAGCGCAACAUGCGUAUGAUCCAGAUUCAGGACAACAUUGCCCAGCAGAAGAGCCUCAAAGACACACUGGAGAGUGAGCAGGAGAAGCUUCACGUCGAGUACAAGAAGCUAUGCGAGUCUCUAGAGGACCUUCAAAAUGAGAACGGACUCCUGCGGACUGAAGGACUGGCUAUGUGGAAUGUGCUGGGGGGGAUCCUGGGACAGAAGCUGAGUGGUCCUUCGGUGUUGAAAGCCCCUAAGGAGCGGAAACCCAGUAAGAAGGAGGGAGGAUCCCCUGGCAAGUCAUCCAGCCUGCCCGCUGUUCUGUACAGCUGCGGCAUCUGUAAGAAGAAUCAGGACCAGCAUCUGCUCCUGCUGUGUGAUACGUGCAAACUGCACUACCACCUGGGCUGCCUCGACCCACCUCUCACACGCAUGCCCAAGAAGACCAAGAACAGCUACUGGCAAUGCUCGGAGUGCGACCAGGCCAGCAGUGAUGAGGCAGACAUCGCCAUGGAGACACUGCCCGACGGCACCAAGCGCUCCAGACGGCAGGUGAAGGGACCAAUCAAAUUCAUCCCGCAGGAGAUGUCACCUGAGCCCAAAAAAUCACAGGUAAUGUGUCCUCCUGCUCUCGUCUCCAGGUGUGAUGAGUGUCGUCUCUGCUACCACUUUGGAUGUCUGGACCCUCCUCUCAAGAAAUCCCCCAAACAGACCGGCUACGGCUGGAUAUGCCACGAGUGUGACACCUCUUCAUCUAAGACAGCGACAGACAGGAAGAAAGAAGUUAUGUCACAUGAGAAAAGAAAGGAGGAAGAGACUUGGAAGAAAAAGAGAAAGAAGGCGACAGAAGCAUUAGAGUGGAGACCCUCAUUUGCUAUGAGCUCUGGUGCCUCUUACUUCUAUCAGUGGCCCUUGAGAUGCUUCUACAACUUGAUUGGAGUCCACCUGCCUAAAGGAAUUCACUGGUCAUUAGAGGAAGAGGAGGGGCCUCCACAGGAAGUUGAGGACGAACCAGUUAAAGAAGAAGCAACGGAGCUGGAGAUUCCAAACUGA